CUUCGCGUUGAUGCUCUCGACGUCAGAUGUGUUGAUAUUUUCUGCCGCGUGGAAAAGCGAAUUUAAUAAAACCAGAAACGCGCUUUAUUGCAGCUCUGAUCUGGACCGGUACUGGAGGACAGAGGAUGUCUGGAGAUUUGGUAGCUGUGUGGGAAGUGGCUUUGAGUGAUGGUGUGCACAGGAUUGAAUUUGAACAUGGCACAACCACAGGAAAAAGAGUUAUUUACAUUGAUGGAAAGGAAGUCAUAAGAAGAGAUUGGAUGUUCAAACUGGUUGGAAAGGAGACUUUUAAUGUGGGUAGUACAGAUACAAAGGCCACUAUUAACAUCGAUGCAGUGAGUGGCUUUGCAUAUGAAUACACUCUAGAGAUUAAUGGACAGAGCCUCAGGAAGUACAUGGAGAACCGCUCUAAAGUGACCAGCACAUGGCUCCUUAACCUGGACGGCAUUGACUGCAGGGUGGUUCUGGAGAAAGAUACCAUGGAUAUAUGGUGCAAUGGACAGAAAAUGGAAACAGCUGGUGAGUUCGUGGAGGACGGUACAGAGACACACUUCACUCUGGGUGACCAUGACUGCUGCAUCAAAGCUGUGAGCAGCGGCAAGAGACGAGAUGGCAUCAUUCACACACUGCUGGUGGACGGCAUGGAGAUCUCCGAGGCAGAAUGAGCUGUCCGAAUGACUGUGUGAGAGUGUCUGGAUGAUCCAUCCUCAUCAGAAGAGUGUACAGUAUAUACGGAUGUUGGGUUACCAUGUGCUCAUUUCUGACCACAAAUCAGCGUGUGCUGGUUCAGUAAUGGUCCACUUUGAGGCAUGAGAAACAGACGUGUCUUACAAACACUUGUUUUUUUUGCUUUAUAGCAAUUGUUCUCUCUAAAUGGUUCAUUUAUUCUUUUCGGGAAGUGAUGUCAAUGUUUUUUUUUUAUUAUUCUUACAGUGAAGUUAACUGUGACACGUAUAUAUUUGUGAAUGCCUGGACCUAUUUUUUAGAUCCACUGCAAAAAA